AUGCUAUCUAGAUCGGCGUCAACAACUCCGACGACGACCACUGCUGCUACGACGUCGUAUUGGUGCUACAGUUGCACUCGUUUCAUCAGCGUUUUGGUCGGCCAAGACACAAACGCCGGCGUCUUGUGUCCUUAUUGCGACGGUGGUUUCAUCGAAGAGAUUGAAGACUCCUCCGCCGCAGCCUCACCGGCGACUCCGGUGUCUCAGGAAGUUAGAUCGGUCGAAGAUAAUCAUAGAUCCGUAAUUAGACGCCGGAGAACCGGCCGCCGCACUUCGUUUAAUCCCGUAAUCGUUUUACACGGAGGAGCCGGCGGUGAGAGAGUUGAGAACGAAGAAGGAGAAGAAAUUACCAGGGAUCGACGCGCUUAUGAGUUUUACUACGACGAUGGAGCCGGUUCGGGUCUUAGACCGCUACCGGAAUCUGUAUCUGAGAUCUUGAUGGGAUCGGGAUUUGAGCGGCUGCUCGAGCAAUUGAGCCAGAUCGAGGCGUCGGCUACAGGAAUCGGUAGAUCUGGGAAUCCUCCGGCGUCGAAAUCGGCGAUUGAGUCAUUGCCGAGGGUCGAGAUCUCGGAUUGCCACAUGAAAGCGGAGGCGAAUUGCGCCGUGUGCACGGAGGUUUUCGAGGCCGGAACGGAAGGGCGUGAGAUGCCGUGUAAGCACAUUUUCCACGGCGAUUGCAUCGUUCCGUGGCUUUCGAUCCGGAAUUCGUGCCCUGUUUGUCGAUUUGAAUUGCCUUCGGAUCCGAUUCAGCGGAGCAGCGAGGAAGAGCAUUCCGUUGGGAUGACGAUUUGGAGACUUCCCGGAGGUGGAUUCGCUGUUGGAAGGUUUAACGCGGCGAUGAGAGAAGGGGAGAGAAUUUUGCCGGUUGUGUUGACGGAAAUGGACGGUGGUGGGCUCGGUGGUAACGAGGGACCGAGACGAAUCUCUUGGGUUAGAGCUCAGGGGACUCCGGAGAUUAGCAGAAACGGUGCUCGCUCCGGUACCGGAGGUAGAUUGAGAAGAGCUGUUCGUGGAAUGGUUUCGUUCAUGAGGAGGGUGAGACCUAAUCGUGGUUCUUCUUCUUCUCCUUCGUCCAAUCUUGUUGAUUUGGAUACCGACGGUGAAACUAGGGUUAUGCACCGAUCGACGUCGUUGAUCAGAAGAUUUUUCUAA